AUGGGGGGAGAGAGGAGGGGGAAGGGAGAGGAGGGGGAAAAAAAGGGGGGGAGGGCCCGGAAAGGGGGGGAGGAAGAGGAUUCGAGGUGCAAUACAAUACUGCUGCUACUGGUGGUUCCUCACCCCAACCACCCCCAGGCCCCCCACGCCCAGCCGGACAGUGAAACACAUCGCUCCCACCCUCUACCACAUCGGGUGCGCCCGAUGGCCUCCCAGCCCAGUCCUGCAGUCUGUCCAGCGUAUUGUUCAACUCCUCCCCCCGGCGGCCUCGGUCCCUGGAAGACCAGGAUCUUAAAGGGGUAACCCCAGGCAAAGCGGAUUCCGUUGCUCCUCAGCAGAUCCGUGACAGGUUUCCACUCCUUCCUCCGCAGGAGUGUAGCUGGUGCCACGUCCUGAUAGAGUUGUAUGGCGGUCCCCUCGUGUUCAUACGCUGUCCCUCUGUUGUGGCGCAGGAUAGCUUCCUUUGUUUUAUAAACACAAAAAGAAUUCAGCGCUAGUAAUCACAAAAUUAGUCAAGGUAGGCAGCAACCCAAAUGAAGGAAAACCCCUCGAGUCCUUCGGUGGAUAGAUACAAAAAGAUAUGGAAGGGCUGCGCCAAAUAAGGGUAGAUAGUCCAGUAAAGUAUUGCUAGGGUGCAAAUAGAUGGUCUAGGAUACUUGAUAGAGUUCCUCUGUGGAUGCGUCUAGUGUAGACCGUUCCGUAAAUGUAAAUACAAGAGAGGUAGAGGCGACUAAUGGUAUAGUAUGAAAGUUCAGGGUGUGAUAGGUAACAAAAAGUAAAGAACUCACAUUCAAGAGAGCUAUGGCCAGCUCUGGUGUGGAUUGCGUACAGCGGUAUAAUCCCCGCUUAUGGGAUAUGUAGGGAAGGGGUCUCCGUCAACACCGUCUGGUAGUCCAGAACUCUAAAAAGAAAGACAGAAAGCAACAAUUGUGCUCUCAAUUUUGAUGUGGUUCAAUGUGCAGAUAAGAAGAGGUAAAAAACUCACAUUUGAGGGAGCUAUGGCCAGCUCUGGUGUGGAUAGCGUACAGCGGUAUAAUCCCCGCUUAUAGGAUAUGUAGCGGCGAUACGUCCGUCAGCACCGUCUGGUGAUCCAAGGCUCCAAUAUAGAAGAAUAAAAAGCAGCAAUAGUGCUCUCAAUUGUGAUAGGUUAAGAGAGUAGUAGAGAAAAUAAAAUAAUACUCACAAAGAUAGAGCAGAGGUACUGCUCUAUGGAUAGGCGCUGGUGGUAUGAUCCCCACCUAGGAUUUCUUGGAGUACUGGAACUUUAAAAUUGCCAGUGGAAGUAAAAGUAACCAGGAAAGGUUAAAAUGCCAGGAAUAGGUAAAAAAAAAUGUUUAAAGUGCAUAAAGAGUGCAAUAAAAAGAGGAUCGGUACAAUAAAGUAGCCAAAAAACUUUUAUUGAUCUAAAAUACACAGCAAAAUACAGAAUUAAUAACCAUAAACGCGUUUCACCAUAAGUGGCACCUAGAACCUAAAAAGUUUGGGAACCACUGGGCUACUGUAAAAGGCCAAUGCAGUGAUUAUAGCCCAGUUUUUGGGGGUCUCCCUGUUGCACGGGUGAUUAAAAGGUAGAUCCCCAUCUGUCGUGCAACUCCAGAAAUGCAUUGACAGCUGGGGCUCUACCAUUUACCCAUGUUUGCAGGUCUGUAUUUAACACUAAGCAGUUUUUGUGUGUUUGAAUGUAAACAGUUUUUUGUAUGGAAUAUGUUUGUAUGUGGUGUUGGCGUGAUUGCAAGCAUGUAUUUGUGUAGUGUUGGUUUUUGAAUGCAGAGGUGUAUUUACAUAUAAUUUUGGUGUGUAACACAGACGUGUUUGUAUGUAGUGUUGAAAUUUUAAUGCAGGGGUGUAUUUGUGUGUAGUGUUAGUGUGUGAAUGCUGAGAUGUAUGCACAUAUAUACACACACACACACACACACACACAGAUAUAUACACACUGAAAUGCACACACACACACACACACACACAUGCUGACAUACAAACAUACUGACACACACACAGAUAUACUGACACAUAGACAUACUGACACACAAAGACAUACUGACACACACAGAUGACACACACACACAGACAUACUGACACAGACAUACACUUUAAAACCCACCCUCCAGUUUCCUACCUUUCCUGCUGGUGGCUGAAGGUGUUGGGAGUUGGGGGUCUAGCGCUCUCGGCCAGCCCCCCUCCAAUCUGCCUACUCUUCUUUCCCGCGCGCUCCUCUCUUUGUGGGAGGAAGUGAUGCGCGGCCGUCACUUCCUCCCAGCCUGCUGCCGAAAAGCAAGGAGCCCGCUCGCGCUGUUAAAGCGCCUCAGCAUGCGACCGGGCCCCUGUUGACAGAAACCCACCAGGUGGUCCUUUGUACAUGGGCCACCUGGUGUGCCUCCUUAGUGUGCGGAUUACCGGCCAGAGGGUUAGAAAUAGUUGAGGCCAGCAGGGCUCACACUGCAGCUGGCCAGUUUGCCCCGCAUUAAUGACGGCCCUGCGUUUCUGAGCUAUUAUAUUGUAUAUGUUCAUGAGUAGUUUAUGGUAUUGUGUAUGAUACAUAUGAAUGUGGGCUGUGUAUGGGGGCUGCUUGUGGAAUUGUGUGUGUGUGUGUGUGUGUGUGGAUGGAUGGAUAUGUCACAGUGUGUGUUUGGUAGUGUGUGGGGGCUGUUUGGGGUAUUGCAUGUGGGAUUGUGUGCAUGUAUGUGGAUUUUUAGUGGUGUUUCGUUUGUGCGAAUUGUGUGCAUGUUUGUGUGUGGGCUGUCCGUAUUAUUUGUAUGAGGAGAGGGCUAUUCUGCAUUUCUGUCUAGAUCUAGCAGUGUGGGUGGGUUCCAGUGGGGACCAUGUUGGCCGGGUACAGGUCAAGGACAGGAGCUGCAACUGCGAGCUGCUCUACUAUUGUGUGGAUUCCUAUUCACAAGUGCUGGAAUGAAGUGCUCUGAGAUCACUUCCUCUAUGUGCUGCAAUGCAUAAAUUGAGGAUUGUCCUUCACCACCUUUUCGGAUUAGCAGAUAUCUGAAGUUUUACUGGGACUCCUGAUAGGCCAGAGCCUAUUUGGCUCUGAGUGCCGUGCAAAGACACCUUGAGUGCCGUAGGUUGACUACCCCUGGUGUAGAAGAUAGUCAGCACUCAAUGUCUUUAGAAAAGUAGAAGUUCUUUAUUGAAGAUUCCCAACAGUUAACGUUUCAGUUCACGCAGGAACUUUCAUCAGGACAAAGUGUGUGUGUGUAUGUGUGUGUGUGUAUAUAUAUAUAUAUAUAUAUAUAGCGCAGAAACCUUGGCACUCACCCUUAAUGAUUCCAGAAAAUGAUUAAUCCUUGCCUGGGUGCAAUCCUCAGCGUUUACUAUAUAACAAAAGCAGUAUAUAAGGAACACUCACAGGUCUUCAUCCAAAAUCUAAUUUAUUCUUUGGUUCAAAUUUGCACAUGUAAUUUGCAACAAAGAAUAAAUUAGAUUUUGGAUGAAGACCUGUGAGUGCUCCUUAUAUACUGCUUUUGUUUUUUAUAUAUAUAUAUAUAUACAUACACACACACACAUGUGUAAAAAAACAGAAUUUGUAUCUUGUAAUACCUUUUUUUAUUGGACUAACAGAAUUUUUUAAUUACAAGCUUUCUGGAGAGCCUCCCUUUCUCAAGUCUAAAGCAUUUCUGAGCAAGACGACACAUAGAAUUCAAAGUUGAGUUGUGAUACGACACAAUCUAUAUAUAUAUAUAUAUUUAUUUAUAAAAUACAAUACACACACGUACUCAUGCAGGCUCGCGCGCACACACUCAUACAGAAGUGUUGAAAACAUAGAUGGUAAUACAAUCUCAAGAUAGUAUAACAAGCACUAAAGGUAGUGUAUCUUUUUGUUUGACUGGUAUAUCAAGUUUAAGUUUUCCUUGUUUUGUAUCUCCUAUUAAGUGCUUUUCAUGAUGUUUAAAGAUACUGAAUAUUGACAAAUAUUGCAACUCGCCAGAGCAUGUAUUAUAUAUAAUAGUGGCUAUGAUGCCAGGAGUACCCUUGCCCGGUCGCUGGUGAUGGGGUAAGCGGUAUAGUUAUGGUUUGUCCUCUUACUUGAGCCCCUGCUGGAGCACUUCGAGUUUCGGCAGAGUUGCAGGGGCUUGAACCUGAUUGCCCUUAGUCAAUGAAUGGCACACUGUGCAAAAAAAGAUUAGUAGCCAGCCUGGAACUCUGGCUUGUAUUAUAUUAUUGGGAGGUGGAGUUGCACCUCUGGCAGCUAAAGGGUUAAACUCAGCAAGUGCAGUGUUUUACAGCAAAAUAUGGUUAUAAUGCUUAAAGUAACCCUUUAAAAGAAAAUUAAUAAGCAGUGUGAAAUGAGCAACUCCUGAAAUACAAUGAAUUUUUUAUUCAGUAUUUUAUUCCUAUGCAUUUUGUGCAUAAAUUCCAAUAUAUUACAGAAUAACAAAUUAACACAUUUCAUCUUGUUUCAAUUGCAAAAAUAUAUUGAAAAACACCUCUAUAAAAUCUGCAAUGUUUACUUUUUUUAGUGAGCCGAACUGAUGCUAAUUCAAAAUGUAAAUAUUUGAGAUAUUUCUAAAAACAAAGACUUCCAUGAUAUUAGAUAUUGCAAAAACCAGCAUUCUUCCUUUUUUCUUUUUGUGUGGUAGUUAUUUUUAAAUAUUUAGAUUUUUUUUUUUUUUGCAAACUGACUUUGCUUGUUCCGCCAAAAAAAAUAAAUCUUUUUAGUAAAGGCAAUUUGCAGAAAAACUUUGCGUGCAAAGAAAUGCAGUGAAUGCAAAUGCCCCAAAAUGACUUUAGCACACCAAUGUGAAAUGGCCAUGCAGUUAAUAGAUUAACUCUUUAAUGAUUGAGGCAACUGUACAAGUUAUGACUAAACAAACAACUGAUGAAAGUUUGUAAGCUUAAACUGAAAUGUUGUUUGUUUUGUAAGCAAUAAAAGUUUUUAUUUUUUGGAUAAGACCCUGGAGUGUUAUCUGUUUGAAGAUCGAUCUAUCUAUCUACCAUACGUGUGGCUUUAUUAUAAUUCGAGGAUCUGUCUGAUAACCCAGGCAGUCCCCUUACAGGCAAUGAUGGUAACUGCUGAUCCAGUCAUGUGAUUGCGAUGUCAUCAUGAUCACAUGUAGCAUUGCAUAAGUUGUCGAGCAGUCCCCCUGAUCGGUACCCCUACAGGUACCAGGCCGGGAGAUGCUUGUGCUCAUCCGCAUUGCAUGCUAUGCCACCCACAUUGUUCAGCACAGAAUAGCACGCACACCGUCCUUAAGGUGAUUAAAGGAACAUGCCACUCUAUAUACAUUAUCUUUUUAAAAGCAAUUUAGUAUUUCUCUACAUGUUUACUUUGGGGGUGUUAUCUAUAAACAGCUUGCAAAACUGCAGCCUUUGCAAGCAAUCCCCUUUCCCCCAGCACAGACUUCCUGUCUGUGCUGGAAAAACUCCAAUCAGAGGCUUUCCUAUUCUUCUCAAUGAACUUUCAUAAAGCUCUUUGUAAAGGGGGUAAAGCAGACACAAGCUCUAGUAUAGCAUGCUUUUGAAUGAAAACUUUUCUGACAGUCAGGGACGUGUUUUUUCCCACAAUUGUUUUUUAAAACCCCUUCAGCAGCUUACCUUAUUCCAGCGCCGGGCUCCCUUGGCGUUUGAGACCUCUCCUCCCCCGCCGUCAGCUCCCCCGUCAGACGUCAGCGGAGCCGAAUGCGCAUGCGUGGCAAGCACCACGCGCACAUUCGAAGUGUCCAUAGGAAAGCAUUACUCAAUGCUUUCCUAUGGACGCUCUGCGCGAUGGAGGCAUAAUAUGCCUCCAGCGUCGCAGAUGUGCCUCUAGUGGCUCUCCGGAAAACAUCCACUAGAGGCUGGCUUAACCCCAAUUGUAAACAUAGCAGUUUCUCUGAAACUGCUAUGUUUGCAUCUGAUGGGUUAAUAGCUGAGGGACCUGACACCCAGACAACUUCAUUGAGCUGAAGUUGUCUGGGUGACUAUAGUGUCCCUUUAAUAUUGGCACUUUUAUAAAUGUGACAGGCACCAGGUGCAUAAAGCACUUCAGCAACAAAAAUAUCUUCUGGUAUUUUGCCUCCAUAUUUGAAUACGUUCUCUAAAUUGGCAUUUUCUCACAGUAUCCAUCUUUUGCUCUACAGCUUCAGUCAUGUACUCUUGUUCCAGUAAAUCACUUUUUUACUUUCUUGCCAUUAUUUGCAUAUAAUUACAAUGAGUUCUUAUAAUGCCAUGUUCAUGUAAUUCUUCUUAAGAAUAAUAUACCCAUUUGUGAGUUUAUAAAUAGUUGGAAAGUGACCUGCUGGGUGUCUUACAAUAUUGCAUAGACUUCUGUCUUUAACAAAUUACAUUUAAUUUAACUGCAACUAAUUUUCUUUUUCUCAGCAUUUGGCGUGGCCCCAACGUGAACUGUGUUGACAACUCAGGAUAUACACCUUUGCACCAUGCCUCACUUAAUGGACACAAGUAAGGAAAUGUUUCAAAUACUUACCAUUUACAAAAGUAGAUUCCCUGGGGUAUUUUACCACCAACCACCCACCAAUCUUUUGAAUGUCUUAAGUGAUGUUUGAAUGCAGCAACUUAAUUUCCGAUCCUGAUAAUGUGUCAGGUUUUGGUGCAUUUGCAAAGAUUAUGAGAUGUAACAGGGUCACAUUAAAGGACCACUAUAGUCACCCAGACCACUUCAGCUCAAUGAAGUGGUCUAGGUGCCAGGUCCCCAGGUUUUAACCCUGCAGCUGUGAACAUAGCAGUUUCAGACAAACUAUGUUUACAUUGCAGGAUUAAUCAAGCCAAAGUGGCUGUCUUCCUGAUAGCUGCUAGAGGUGCUUCGGCGACGCUCAAUGCGAAAUGCGCAUUGAGCACGCAGAAUGUCCAUAGGAAAGCUAUGAGUAAUGCUUUCCAAGUGGAGCUGAAUGCGCCUCAUGCGCAUUCAGCUCCACUUGGGAGCUGAUGUCAGAGGGGGAGGAGAGGUCACCAGCACCGAGGGAGCCUGGCACUCGAUUAAGGUAAGUGGCUGAAGGGGGGCCCUGAGGGUGGGGGGGACCUGAGGACUAUAUAGUGCCAGGAAAAUUAGUUUGUUUUCCUGGCACUAUAGUGGUCCUUUAAAGAUGUUGAUUAUACUGUGUUGAAAUCUGGUGUAUUUUAGUAGAACAAUGUAAUACUUCAUAUACUCUAGGGAUCAACCAAAUAUCAGUCUGGAUGAUUUUCGGCAAUAUUAGUAUCAGUCUUUAAUGAUACCGAUGUUUCUGAUAAUUCUGGUGGUGGCAGAGGCCAGGUACAUGCCGUUGUCAGCUCCUCUCACCAUCUUUCAUGAGUCCACAGGCCUCAAAGUGUUGGCGCGGGUUACCAGGGUAAUGUUCCCUGUGGCACACCAUAUUCGCUAUAGUUGCAGCGAGGACCUGUCUGAAAGAGAAGAUAGAAUGUGCUGGGCCCCAGCAGCCGCCAAUUCAAUAUGAAACCACAUCUUGCACAAAGCACACAUUUUUAUAAAGUCCCAUAAGUACCCCAAAACAUAACAUAAAACUUACAUCCCCUGAUAGCCCUAAUCUGGGUGAACAAAAAUCACCCAGAUCAGAUCAGGGGUUCAGAAAUUCUAUGGAAGUCGUAGUUUUGCCCAGGCGAACACAGGAUUUCAUAACCAAAACAGUUCCAUAGAAUUGUGGCUAAGUGCCGCUGGAGGACUGACCGGGAACCGCGAGAUUUCAUGCCAAAAAUAGUUCCAGGACAUUCGCAGCUAAGUCCCUCUGAAGUCUAUUUGCCGUUUUGGUCCAUGCGAACAAGAUGGUCGCCACCACGUUGUCGAAUGGCGGCCACGAGUAUGCUUUCCUGGCACUAUAGUGGUCUUUUAAUUAGGCAAUUCAAUUUUUCUAACUGUAACCAACUUAAAGUGAGUGUGUCUCCCCAACCGUACCUUUCUCCUAUUGUUUAUUUUUCUCUUCCUAUUAUACUACUGUCUUUUUCCCCCCAUCAUUUCUCAUCUAUUUCUCUUUAAACUGUAAGACAAAAUAGGUACUACUUUGUCUUAUGGUUUUUUUCUACACUUGACAAAUCUUGACAAAAGGCGGUGCUUAAAAGAAACUCAACACUCUCUUUAUUAGCUUGACAAAGGAACUGGAGCUUGCCGUAAGCCCCUCCCUUUGUCAAGUGAUUGUCCCUACUUUGUCCUAUGUUUUAAAGAGAAAGAUCAGAAAAGAACAACAUUCUGAAAGAUGAACAGAAGAGGUAACAAUAAGAGAAAGACAAGUUUGAUUUGACAGAGCCACUUUUAAGAAGUUGAAAAUAUUUAAAGUUGAUAAUUUAUUUAAUAUAUUGGACCUUGCAAUCAUAUCUGUAAUGGGUAAAAAGGAUUGUAUUAUGUCAUUGUCAAUCAGUCAUCACUCUUUACAUGUGAUUGAUGUUUUGGAAGAGAUGUUUACAUUGCAAGUUUAUACAUGUGAUUGAUGUUUUGAAAGAGAUGUUUAUAUUGCAAGUUUUAGAAGGUGUAUGGAUUUCAAGCUUAGACUUCUUUAUACCUACAGGGAUGUGGUUGAAAUUCUCUUGAGGAAUGAAGCUGUGACAAACAUUGCAGACUGUAAGGGUUGCUUCCCCCUACACCUUGCAGCUUGGAAGGGAGAUGCUCACAUUGUUCGUCUACUUAUUCACCAUGGACCUUCACAUGCUAAGGUUAACGAGCAGGUAGUUUAAAAAAAAAUAUAUAUAUAUAUUUUUUUAUAUAUCUUCAUGUACAUCUUGUUUAAAAUAUGUAAUUACAACUGUGAAAAUGUGCUCCUCACUCAUUUUAAUAACAUGCUUUGUGCAGUGAUAUAUCUGCUAGGUGCAUGUUUAGAAAUUGUGACACACUGAUUUACACAUCAUUCAUAAAGAUUUUGCAUUUUUAAUUUUAUUAUUCAUAAGUGGUUCACCUAACUGUGUGCAGUUCUUAAGCGUAUGUAUUUCCAAUGAAUGUGUUUCAGAAAACAUGUGUAUUGUUACUUUACAAUCAUAUGCUUGAAAAUUUAAGUGAAGAAAAAAAUUAAUAAAUGCCCCCAUGCUGACCGUUCUCAUUUAGGGAGCAUGAGACAUGCUAGUAAAAAUACAAGUCUUUUCAGAAACCUCUGUGCAGUGUUAUGAGAACUCUGUUUCUAAUACUAACUUAUGGAUGCAUGUGUGCAGUCUAAGCAGAUUUGUCUAAGCGGAUUUAAAAUAAUAAAUUAAUACUCAGUGAUAAAAAUUUUAGCUUAAAAAGCAUAUUAUAGCAUUGCUGUCUAUUUUGCAGAAGGGGAGCUUGUCUGAAAAUGAUAAUUGCAACAUUGUAAUUAAAAUAAAGAGCUAUUAAAUAUUCUUAUAGAUGAUAGAUGGUGGUGAUGCAUCACAGAUUUGGUCGCAGUGGAACAUAGAUGAUCAUAAUUGAUUAUUUCACCGUGGGUGACUUGGGUUGCAGACUGUUUAAGAACUGAAUUACAGGGAAGACGUAUGUGUGUGUUAACUGUCUAAUUCACACAAUAUAAGUUUGUAAUGUCAAUGAAAUGAUGCAGUAAUUAAAAUUUUGUAGCUUGCAAGUAACCAUUAAAUGAACAGUACUUUAGCUUCCUGAGUUCAAUAGACAUUGGCACUCUUAUAAAUAAUCCUUGUUACAACCCCCUGGCAGUCAAUUUAACAACUGGUCCUGUUACUUCCUGGUUGUUUAGCUCAGUGGAGCUAAACUCAAGAGGCAGCAAUUGCUCAGAGCACCUGACUUGUAAUGACUUCUUAUUGAGCCUCAUUUAGAAAUCUGUCUUUGGAUAGCCACCUAAAGUUUGGGCUGGGUAAGUUUUUGCAAACUGUUUUUAGAUAUACCCCUAAUGAAAAAUGCAUAAUUACAUACAUGCAUGUUUUUGUUAGGGGUUUAUCAACUAAAUAGUAAUAUUUUAUUUAUUUUUGGUAUUUGAGCAGUUAAGUGUUUCUAUAAUGGUAUUCUCACCUAUUUCAUUGUGCUAGGUAAUAUUAUAUUGAACCCUCUCACUAUCUUCCUAACCUUUUUUGUCUCUGAGACCUAGUCCCCUUUUAAACAAGCCUAAGGCACUAUAGUUUACCUAUCCUAUUAUAAGGAAAAGUUGGGGGUAAUCAGUUUGUGAGAUGAUUUUUGAUUAUUUUGCAUUUUACUUGUAUCAGACUUUUUUUUUUUUUAAACUGUACCGUUACAGAGGACCCAUGCAGAAAUUUCUAGUGAACAGUCACUUACUGACACUAACUCUUAUUGCCCACUGUGACAAAAGCUCCUUACCCUGGACGUUUGUCAUGACCUCCCGGAGGAGCCUGCUAGCUAGCCUCCUGCCCAAAGACUAUGGGCCACAUACAAAGACCCUGUUUGGGAGUUAAAUCUCCCAAGCCUCCAUUAGCAGCUUUCCCUGGGUGCCCCUGGUUCGGCACUUUCCCUUUAUUCAAAUGGAACCGAACACUAGCUCCCUGGUGGACAUUCGCAUGAAGAAAAACACAAAUUGUUAGCCGCGAAUGUUAAUGAACGGUUUUCGGCAUGAGGUGACCGUGCGGCUCCUGGACAACUUUGUCCUGGGUUUUGAACGACUUUGAAAUCCGCCAGGAGAGCCUUUUUUUGGAGGGAAGGUGCCUGUGACUUAGGGAAACAAUCGCUAUCCGAGACACAGGUGGAGCACCACGUAUUGCGGCCACAGGAGCUCCCUAAAGUUGACUAGCCAAAGCACCAAACACCCUGGAACUGUUUUGGGCAUAGGACCAUGUGUGCAGCCAGUCAGAACUUUGACACUGUAGCGUUUCCUCUACUCUGCAUGGAUCUGAGCACUAUUUGGAGAACUUGGGUGCUCAGAUCAGGGCUAUUUAAGGAUGUAAUUUGUGUGGGGUGACUAUAUAUUUUUAUGAUGUUUUGGGGCAUUUAUAUGUUUUAUGCUUAGUCAUUCUGACUCAGAAAUUCAUGGGCGUGUUGUGGGAGUAUUCUGGGCGUGUUUUACUGUAUCCUUGCUGUGUAAGGGCGUGUUUUACUGUAUCCUUGCUGUGUAAGGAUAUAAGUGGGCCAUCUGGCCAUAAUAAAGUCAGUCGUCUUGUACCCUUCAUCAAGUCUAGGCUAAUGUUUGGGUAUGCCUGAGCUUUAAUCACUGCUUCACUUGGUAUUUGGGAGAACUACAGCAGAUAUACUUAGUUGGAGUACAGGGGAUUCAUUACACCCACCAUUAUAGACUGAUAAGUCUAGGGAGGGAGGAGCUUGGCUUGGUGUCCAUUUAUUGUUUACCCUGGCUAACCUAUGUGUAAUAUAUAUUAUACAUACAGCUUUUAUGCAAAGAAUAUUGCUUUCAAGCUAAAUUAUAUAUAUUUUUUUUAUUCAAAGUGCAUCUAACCACUUUUUAAAGUUUUAUAUCCUGCUCUGGAGAAUAUAUUAUAAUUUGUUUAAUUGCCACCUAGAAAUUAUGUUAUGGACAUGCUUAAACAAACAAUCUCAUUUUAUUUUUACAAAUACAUUUAGCUUGGCCACUAGAGUGACUGCCCAGGAAUUCUUAUAACACAUUAUGUUCUUAAGAUAGUGGAUAACUAUCACAUUUUGGAUGAAAGUAACAUCCUAUGAUGAGAGGGAAAAGCUAUCAGGUGUGACCCAGUCUGAGUGACUGUCACUAGAGGUGUUACUAUGCAGCAAUGUAAACCGAAAAUGCAGGGUUUACACUGAAAAGCCUGCAUGGACAGGCUAUAGACACCAAGCUGUAGUGGUUCUGGUGACUAUAGUGUCCUUUUAAGAAUUGCAUUUUUCUCGUUGAAAAUGACUGUCUCCUAACUUUGUUUACCCAUAUUGAUAACGCCGACUGGCAAAACGCGUUUAUGGUUUUUAUAUUGUGUAAUUUUAAAUAUUAAAGUAUAUUUGGUAACUUUUUUUGUAAUUUUUUUUUUUUUUUACUUCGACAAUUUUUAUUUCAGUUUUAUAAGGGUACAGAAUAGAAAGGGGAUGGGGAACAGUGGUAAGGUAAGUAUCGUCUUAUACAUUGACAUGCAUACCAUUUGCGCAUUAUUCAUAUACAACAUUUUUAUAUAUAAUUUAUUUUUUGUGUGUGCAUGCUUUGUGUUUCUCUAGGUUCGUCUAGCGGUUUGGUCAUUUUUCUACCGUGGGGAGGACUCACGUUCGACUAUCGGAGUUCACAGUCACCUGUUUUUUUCUUUGGUAGACGGUGCAAAGUAUUAG